GCAGCCACAACUUGACCGACGUAGGGAACAGCUGGACUCCGAGAUGAAGACGUUCGAGAUGCUUGUCCUCUGUGUCACUUUGACCUUCAUGUUACUGGGCAGCGUGGAGGGUGAAACCAAUUCUACUACUCCUCCUAAUACAACAACUCAUACUACUCCUAUCACUACUGCAAUAACAACUCCUACUACUCCUAUCCCUACUACUACUACAACUGCAAUUACUCCAACUGCAACUACUCCUACCCCUGGAUCCACAGCGGCCACGACUGGGAACGUCACUGCAACAACAGCAACUACACCAUAUAACAGAGGGUGUGGAGUCUUUGGCUACUACAGUCAACUUCUGGUGCCGACCAUCGCCGUACUGGUCUACAGUGCCUCAGGCUGAACAUGUACACCCAAGAGACACUGCAGUGCUUUAAGUCUUAAUCUUAUUUUAAAUGAUAAGUCUAUGUUAAUGUUUGAUUUUUUUUUUUUUCAACUUAAUUUAACGGUUCCAACUGUCAUACAUUUAGCACUUAAAUGCAACACGCAUUGUUUGCACUGAACUGCUUCACAAAAUCUCUUUGCAUACAUUACUUCAAAAUGUAAGUGACUAUUUGAACCAAAUAAAAUUGUAAUUUCACAGGCAUUAGAAUUUAAAUGUAUUCUGUAAAUUAUUAUUAAAAAAAACCUUUGAACCUUUGAUUUUAGAUUCAAGAAAUUCAGUUCAGUUCACUUCAUCCAAAUUCAAGUUAGCCACCUUUAAUGUGUCUAAUGGUCUGCUUCAAGGAUUCUCCAGAAUGAGAAAGACUCUGGGAUGAGAGGGUGGAAUGACAAAAGUGAAAAUGGUUUUCUUCAAAUAUAGUAGGUGUCUCGUUGUUUCUCUAUAUUCUUUAGAAUCUAAAUGCAGAAUUAGAUUAACUAAAUAUCACAUAACAGAUUUAGAACAACAGGGAAAUUGUUACAUUUCUUUGUUGAAUUGAAGGUAAAUGAAACAAAAACACAUCAAGCUCUGAUAUAUUGGUAGUUUAACUCUACUUCCAUCUGAUUUAAAUGAAUUAAAACAAAUUGGAAAUCA